AAAGAACUGGGCGAUAAAAGUUCAGAAAGUAUUGACAAAGUUCGUCAGCUCUUGCCUUUGCCCAAGCAGAUGUGUGACCUUAUUGCCUGUGAGCCUAUGGGAUCACUGAUUGAUACGAAGGGAAACAAAAUUGCUGGAUUUGAUUCCAUAGAUAAAAAACAGGGGCUUCAAGUUUCAAUGAAACAGAAAGUAUCUCCUUGGGAUUUACUGGAAGGCAGUAAGAAUCCAGCUCCAUUGUCUUGGGCUUGGUUUGGAACUGUUCGCAUUGAUCGGAAAGUCAUAAAAUAUGAGGAGCAGCAGCAUCUUCUGCUUUACCACACACACCCUAAACCUAAGCCACGAAGUUACUACCUCGAACCUUUACCUCUUCCUCCUGAGGAGGAGGAGGAGGAAGAAGAACCUACCACUCCUGCAUCUCAGGAACCAGAAAGAAAGUCAGCAGAGCUUUCAGAUCAGGGAAAACCUUCAGCAGAGGAAGAAAGAAAGGGGAAAGGCAGAAAAAGAAAGACAAAAGCAGCUUCCAAAACUGAUGAAUAUCCUCAGAACAAUGGAUGUAGAAUGGCUCCUAAUUUUUCACCACUUUAUUCCCAAAUGUUGCAUCAUCCUCAAUCUGCUUUGUGGGGUUACAAUGUUAUAGGACAACCGCAACAGUCGAGUUACUUUGUCCAGAACCAGCCUCUUCCACCAGGUGGUUCCAGAUUGGAUCCCACAGGCUCCUUUGUGCCAAGCAACACAAAACAAGUGCUCUCUAACAUGCUGCAGAGACGUUCCAGCAAUAUGAUGCAGCCCCCAGCAAUUCACACUCUUUCUUCUCAUCACCAGCAGCAACAAUUGCUUCAACAACAGUGGAUUCUAAGGCACCAGAGCCAGGGUCCAACAAUUGAACAGGCUUCCAUUUUUGCUCAACAAGUCCGCCCUUCUUCUUCUCAGCUAACACAGUAUCCAGGGAUACAGCAAUCACAGACAAUUCCUCAUGGCUAUACAAUGUAUAGUACUCAGAUGUCAUUGCCAUCUCAACAGACCGGGGGUUUAGUUCUUUCACCUACCUACAAUCCUAGAUCAUUUCAAGCAACUCAUUCUAGUCCAGUUUUAAUGGAAAGGUUAAGGCAAAUGCAACAGCAGCCAAGCGGGUACAUUCAUCAGCAAGCAGCUUCCUACCUUCAGCCUUUAGCAGGCAAUCAGCGUUCAGUUCACCAGUCUUUGCAGCAGAAUAACUUGGUUGGAGGACCUCUGGAUGCAGUUUCAGCCACAUCUGCCCAGGCAAAUCUUUACUCUGUCCAGGUGUCUCAGGAACAGAUGAGACAGAGGCAACAGCAAAUUCGGCAACAAAGAUUCCUUCAGCUUCAGCAGCAACAGAAUCAACAACAAAUCAUUAGCCUUCAAGCAAUGCAGCCUCAACAACAAUCUUUCUUCCCAAGACAAGGUUUGCAGCAGACACAGCAGCAACAACAAACAGCUGCUCUGGUCAGACAACUCCAAAAACAGCUGUCAAGUAACCAGCCCCAGCAAGGUAUGAAUCCGUACAGUCAUCUUCCACACUUCUGAAACUGAAAAAUGUCAGGAAGAGAAAGUAUUUGCACUGAAGAACAGGGAGAGCGGAAUUUGUUGCACUAAUUACUCUCACCAUUUGUCUGCGUGUGUGUUGCCAAUAAUGUGAAUAUGUAAGAAAUAGAAGAUUUUAUGUUAUCAUUUUGCCCAUAGCAAAUUACAGAAAUAUAAAUUAUGUGGGACUUAACCUGCGGCUGCAAAAUAUAUGGAUUUGGUGCUUGACUAUUUCUUUUUUGUGCAAAAAAAAGUUUUUCUAAAUAAUUAAUACUGUGCUGGACCAAAUGCUGACUAAAAAGACACCUUUAUUUAUUUGUUUGUUUAUUUA